AUGGAUGAAAAUGUUAACGUCUUCAAAGACCCUGUUGCAGACCCCAACAAAAGGUCAAAGAAGGGUCGGCUUUCUCUUCACAGGACACCAAGUGGAGAUUUCGUUACUCUGGAAGAGGGGAAGGGUGAUCUGGAGGAAUACGGAGAGGACUUGCUGCACACUGUGUUCAGGAACGGGAAGAUUGUAAAGACGUACACCUUCGAUGAGGUCAGAGACAAUGCCAAGCUGAAGGAAAGCGAAUUGGAGGAUCUGCUGCUCUGAGAGUGUUUCCCAUCAGCCCUCUCUCCACCCACACCCACCCGAGAGAACCUGCGUCCCGACAGACGUGAGGACACACAGUUACCCAAACGUUCAGUGUACAGAGCUGUUCUAUGUUUCUGUCUACUGACUCUGUUACGCUUCAGUGUCUCUUUCUAACGGCGGAUGAGAGCAGUUAUCAUGCUAUUUAAAUCAUUUAAUUGUGUAUUUGACCAAGUGUGCUACUGAUCACACGUCUUUGCAGGAAUGGAGACGUUUAUGUGUGCGUAUACCGCGAGAAGAUUUCGCUUUGCCUGACUGUAGGACUGAAAGGUAAUCGUUCUGUGUUUGUUGAAUGUGAAUGUUGUGUGUAGGGCUUAUCACUUUAUCAAAGGAUUGAUCUAUUCCUUUAUGCAAAGGAGACGGCUGAACUAGAGGGAUACUUUCGUUGGCCUUUUGUUUAUUUUCUGUUAUUUCUGGAUUUAUUUGAAAGAUGAAACCUAAAAGAGCAUGUUUAGGUCGCAUUUCACUCUUAACUUCACUCAACUUAAUUUUGCGUAAAGAAAUUAGCAUUUUUACAUUAUUUCCAUGAUAUUUAAGCAUAUUUUACCACCAAUUCCCAUUACUAUAUUGUGUCCAGAUGGCUUACCUUUAUUUUCACUGUAAUUCUUGACAUUCUCAAUGGUGAUUCUCUUUAAUCAUUCUCUGAAAAUGUUGAAAAUUUGAUGUUGAAAUUUGAACAUUGAGAAAUUAAAAUUUCAAAAUGUGCAAAAAUUAAGCAUAAAUUAAAGGCAGCACACAUGCUGUGUAAAGACUGUAUGUAUAUAUAUAUAUAUAUAUAUAUAUAUAUAUAU